CAAACUUUAUUUUUAUAAAAUAAUAUAAUUCGAAACAAAGAAGUGUGUGUGAGUAAAAGAGAAGAGAGAAAAAAGAUGUGGUUUUGCCCAAACCACGCCACUCCCUUUGAGAGGGUUCUUGUUCCCUCCAUCUCCGCCACCUCGUGGCGGAGCCACGGCGUCUCCGCCACCGCCAACCAAAAAGGUGGGAAAUUGGGGCACACCCUUCUGGGCGUUAUCCGUUCCGAUUCGACUCCAAUAACGAAACUAACAGAAGAACAAGGAAAGAUGAGUGGGUCAGAUGUACUUUGGGCACUGCAGAGAGCGAGUGCUCGGAAGAAGAAGAACAGGAAGAACAAGAAAGAGUAUCGGAGGGACGAAUCCUCUGUGGCCACUCUCACCGAACAAUCUGCUGUGGAUUACACCAACGUUCGUCCACUCUCCAUAAAUGCAAAUUGGGCUGCUAAAUUGGAGGACUUGGAUAAACGUCUUCGUGAGCUUUCUGAUACAAUUUGAUUUCUCUGUUAUUAUUUACAUACAAGAUAUAUUUUUUUUCUUCCUCUGAUAAUAAUUUAACAUAGUUUGCUUUUAAAUGGUUGCUUAAUUUUGGGUCAUGUGCGUGCUUUUGCUUGAAGAGUGGAACUUUGGUUUUCAGUAUUAUACUAAACGGAUGGAGUAGCUAUGAAUUAGCAACUUGGAA